AAAUGAAGGAGCGGUGAAGAGGAAGAAGAAAAGGAAGUAGCUAGCUGCUCGGCUACUUUAGCAAUAUUCUUGUUAUCGAGUUUCGAUAAUGGCGCCCCUGGACCUUGAUAAGUACGUUGAGAUAGCGAGACAUUGCAAAUACCUGCCGGAGAAUGAUCUAAAGAGAUUGUGUGAUUAUGUUUGUGAUUUACUGCUGGAAGAAUCAAAUGUUCAGCCAGUCUCAACACCAGUAACUGUUUGUGGAGAUAUUCAUGGUCAGUUUUAUGAUCUUUGCGAGCUCUUCAGAACUGGAGGCCAAGUACCAGACACAAAUUACAUUUUCAUGGGAGAUUUUGUAGACAGAGGAUAUUAUAGCUUGGAGACAUUUACACAUCUGCUAGCUUUAAAAGCAAAGUGGCCAGAUCGGAUCACUCUUCUUCGUGGAAACCAUGAAAGCAGACAAAUAACACAAGUGUACGGCUUUUAUGAUGAGUGCCAAACAAAGUAUGGAAACGCAAAUGCCUGGCGGUAUUGCACAAAAGUGUUUGACAUGCUGACUGUUGCUGCUUUGAUCGAUGAGCAGGUCCUGUGCGUCCAUGGUGGUCUCUCACCUGACAUCAAGACGUUGGACCAGAUCCGCACCAUCGAACGCAACCAGGAGAUUCCUCACAAGGGGGCCUUCUGUGAUCUUGUGUGGUCGGAUCCAGAGGACGUGGACACCUGGGCUAUAAGUCCAAGAGGUGCAGGCUGGCUGUUUGGCUCCAAGGUUACUAAUGAGUUCGUGCACAUCAACAAUCUGAAGCUCAUCUGCCGCGCACAUCAGCUGGUUCACGAAGGCUACAAGUUCAUGUUUGACGAGAAGCUGGUGACUGUCUGGUCGGCGCCCAACUACUGCUACCGCUGCGGCAACAUCGCUUCCAUCAUGGUCUUCAAGGACGUGAACAGACGAGAGCCCAAGCUGUUCCGCGCCGUUCCCGACUCGGAGCGCGUCAUACCUCCCCGAACAACCACCCCCUACUUCCUCUAAUGACAAACCAGUUCUUUCUCCUCUACAUCUUUCUGGAGAUCUCAAAUCUCAAACCUUUUUUAGAUAUUUUAAUUUUAAGAAAUUCAUGGAAAUAACAUCCCUUUCAGGUCUGCAGCAUCUUAAGUAGCAAAGGGUUUCUUCCAAGGCUACAAGGCUGCACCACGCUCACUUUGUUCUGUCGUAAAAGAAAAAAGACGUGCUCCUCUACCCCCAACGAGAUAUCGAUACCUUUUACAUUUCUUUAUACUUUUAAUGGUAAGAAAUUGUUAAAUGCUUUCACUUUGAUGUUGUCUAUCACACUGAAGCAAACAAAACAUGUAAACCGGUGUUAAAUGCCAAUAAUACAUGUUCAAAUAAAGUGAUAUCUAUUUUA